AUGUUCACCCUUACGAUGAAAAGUACCUGCAAAUUCUCACCUUCAUAUUCGAAUUAUUUUGGGACAACUGUCUUCCAGUUUGAGUGCUUCGUACGCCCUGGGAGACUAGAUCCCUACAUUAUUCACAGUUCCAGUAUAACUUUCUCACGCA